GUCAAAUUAUUUGAUAAAUCAAAUAAUAUUUUAUAAAAUUAAAAAGAUUUGAUUAUGUAUUUGAAAGGCAUGAUCAUUUGUUCUUAACAGAGCUGGAGGAGGGUUGGAAGACGAUAUCAGAGAGGGAGGGAUGAGUGUGUUCGGGGGAGAUAGCUGGGCGAGAGAGGCCCAGCACAGAAAGAGAAAGGUGGAGGAUCUAAUGGUGGAAGGACUUGAUGCAUCUUCAUACAAGAAGCUCUCCACCGGCAAAUUCGCCUGCCUCCUCUGCGCCAACAACCCCAUCCUCGAUUCUCCUCUUAUGCUUUCCAUGCAUAGAAAGGGAUCACGCCAUCGUGCUGCCGAGUCCAGGUUCAAGGAGAGAGAAUUAAGGAGACAAGAUGAGAUAAAGAAGAGAAUAGCUUUAUCUGAUGGUUCCAUAGGCAGUGGUGAUACUAGCACUUCUGCCAAACAAUUUAGGUUCACAAGCAAGCCAUUGAUUGAACAGACAAAGAAGGCUGCUUCUGAGACACUCUGCAAUAAAAUUCCUAAGCAAAAUGUUACAAUUCAGAGCCAUAAUGCCAAAGAAAGUAGAGAUGAUUCCUCAAAUGGACCAUCAAAUUGUAAUGACAAUAGCUCCUUCCCUGCAAUGGAAGCAGGUGAAAGAGUGGUUGCACAGCACCAAUUGGAUUUCCAGGCCAUUCGAGAGAGGGAACUCAGGUUCACCGCUGCCGGUUGGAAGCGCGACUGCCAUGGAAGGUGGUUUAAAGAUGAAAACGUGAGUUUCUUCUCAGGCCAUUUUAUUCAUUACCCCAUGGAGAUAACCCAAAAACUGCGUUAUUCUAGUUAUUUUUAUGCCUAUUCUUUGCUUGCAGGUUGAAUUUGACUCUGAUGAAGAAGAUCCAAACAUCUGUCUUGCUUGACUAUGUGCUUAUCCCCUGCAAAGAAACUAGAGAGGUUUGUAGGGUGAAAUGCAGGUGCAUAGUCCACUGGGCCAGAGAGAGAUGGGCGGGUGAGAAGUAAGACAUGGGUAUGUAAGUUUCUGGAUACGCUAAGGUACUCUGGGCUAGGGAUUCUCAAAAUUUUAUACAUUGAAUCCACUCUUCUGGUAGGUUGUUUCCCUAUGGUCCCAGUUCAUGUUUGUUUGUACUACAGGCAUUUUUUGAAAAUGCAGGAAGAACCCAGUUACACAUGAAGCCUACUUUGAUACUUGAGACUCAAGAAAAUGUCAAUUGAGGAGCAAAGCUAUUAACUUUUUUUCUUUCAA